AUGCGUCUCCCAUUCCUCGCCUUUCUGGCGUCAGUGCCAAAUGCUCUUGCGCGGCCGUACGGGCUGUCCAACUUGACGGUCAGCAUCCCAAAUGGCAUCAUCCACGGCACUAUCGACAAUUCAAGCCCAGACGUCCACCAAUUCCUCGGCAUCCCCUACGCCAAACCUCCCGUAGGAGCAUUGCGCUGGACGGCACCUCAGCCAGCCGAGCCAUUCGGAGAAAUUGAUGCGAAAGAACUGCCACCGAGUUGCAUGCAGUACCUGACCAACAACCCGGGAUUAUAUAUCAACGAAGUCCUCGAGUUUAACUUGGGCUGUCGGAAUGGGUCCACGGGACCCAUCACCGAGGAUUGUUUGACCUUAAGCGUAUGGGCACCAAAAGCGACCAAGAAGUCCAAGCUUCCUGUUUUGCUCUUCAUCUAUGGUGGCAGUUUCACUACCGGGGGACAAAACGUGCCAUACCAGUUGCCUCCUCAGUGGGUUCAGAGGACCCAGAGUCAUAUCGUUGUCUCUUUCAACUAUAGAUUGAAUCUCUUCGGUUUCCCGAACGCAGCCGGCUUGGCCAGCGAAGAAACCCAGAAUUUCGGUCUGUUGGAUCAGCGGUUAGCCGUGGAAUGGGUCCGAGACAAUAUUGCCUCCUUCGGGGGAGACCCGGAGCGGAUUGGGCUCUGGGGCCAAAGUGCCGGCGCCAUCUCCGUGGGGUACUACAGUUUCUCCUAUCCCGAAGACCCCAUCGUCAAUACCAUGAUCAUGGACUCUGGAAAUGAGUUCCUCGAUAUUCAGACUUACGAUGCGGCACAUUCCAACUUCACCUUCCUUGCCUCGAACUUUGGUUGCGGCGACUUGCAGCCUGCAGAGGAGCUGGAAUGCAUGCGGAAGGUUGACGCGUUCGCGCUGGAGGAUUUCAUACACACGUAUGAUGAUGCUGCGACGGUGCCGGAGAUAAGGUUCACGCCUACUAUUGACGACAAGACAGUGUUUGCCAAUUUCACCGAGCGGACAUUGGCUGGCAGCAUUGCCAAAGUUCCUGCUAUUCUGGGCAGCAACGCCGAAGACGGCGUACCCUUUGUACAGUACAAACCAACUGGCAUCAACGAGACCUUGGCUUACCAGUCGACAUUGCUGUAUUUCUUCUGCCCUGGCUGGAAAGCUGCUACCAAUCGCCUCGCCGCGGGGGUUUCCGUUUACCGGUACCAGUACUCGGGCAACUUCACCAAUGUCUCACCCAAGGGCUGGAUGGGUGCCUGGCACUCCGCGGAAUUACCUUUGGUCUUCGGCACGCAUCCUUUAUAUCGUGGUAACUCGACGAGAUUGGAGUACGAGACAAGUCACGCGAUGCAGGAUGCGUACUUGGCUUUUGUUACGAACUCUGGGAAUGAAAUACACAUGACAACCCAGCAGUGGCCGGUUUACAAUCAAGUCGCCGCUGGCUUGGUCAGGGAAUUCGGCGCUAACGUCCCUGCGCAGACUGUUAGUGUUGCUGGAAUGGAGAACCAGUGCCCAGGCAUCUACCAACCUUGA